CGGGCUUGACACUGUCGCCUUCUUUCAGGAAGGACUCGCUGAUGUGUAAAGUUUCCUUCUGUUGCGGAAUGGAGUCGAAAUGUGGCGAUGCAACGUUCUUGACUAUGGAUGCACUGCUUCAUAUUUUCUCAUAUUUAGAAGCGGAAGAUCUUUUGAGAGUUUCGUUUGUUAACAAGUUUUGGAAUGAAGCUGCUCAAACAGAGUGGUUGUGGAGAAAUAUGUGUCUGCAGCGUUGGACUUUUUGCAACCCUUCACUUCUUAAACCUGGAAUGCAGACCUGGAGGAAUUAUUACUUGCAUCGCUCAAAACUGGAGAAACAUAUGAUAUCUGGGAGAUCAUCAACUGACUACACCUGUAAGACCCUCAGAGGUCAUGAUGGACAGAUACUUGAUUUAGUUUGCUACUCUGAGGGGAGUAAUCAGUCUGAUCCUAUAAAUGGAAAGAGUAUUGUGUGUACCACCUCUACUGAUAGUACAUUACGAGCCUGGGAUAUUAAACAGGGGAUUCAGUUAUGGUCAAGUCCUGUCCAGAAUGCACCAUUCAAAAAGAUUGCAGCUGACCACCAGAAGGAUCUUAUUAUCAGCUUGGACUCACAAGGAACUGUUAAAACUUGGCAGGUUCUUACUGGAAAAGAGGUUUCUUCAGUCUCUACUUGUUUGACCCUGUGUACAUUGUCAGUCUUCAGCAUUCAGGACCAAUCUUACUUGAUUGCAGGCGCAGACUAUGGUGUACUCAGGACAUUCACUGUCCCAGAACUGUCGCAGGUGUCACACGUGGAAGCAUUUCCUGGAGAACAAAUUCAUUUUGUACUUGUCUCACCAGACAAACAGUGGAUAAUUACUGGUGUAAAAGCAAAUCACAAUCUGUGUGCAAAGGUUUACUUGAAAGAUGACCUGAGUAACCCCUCAAAUGACUGCCCACCAUUAUCGUCAUCCUUGCCGGUACCUGGAUGUGAGGAAGCUUGCUUUCUGCCCUGUGAAGCUGCCCGGGUGCUGAUGGCCCACUGUUCUCCUGACAGGAGUGCCUUGAGUUUCUCCACAUUUGAUAUCAAAUCCAAAAAAAACAAGCGUGGUAUGGAAAUUGCAGUUGAGCAGGUCGGCCAUUUCCAGCCACAACUGAACUCCGUUUCUGGAAUCAUCCUUGAAGCCCGUGGAAGUGACACUAUCGUCUUUGCCCAGGGGCAGGUGCUGUGGGUGUACACCAUUACAGGUGAACAAAUCGGCAGGUUUCAGGAUCAUAAUGAGCCGAUUACAGCCUUGUGUGUGGACUCUUUUAGAGUUGUUACUGCUUCCAGUGACUUGUCUUUAAGAGUGCUAACCUGGAAAAAGGAAAAAGGUCUUACACUUGUUGGACGCUAUCACUUACUGGGAGGAUCCCACACAACUCACAGGGGGCUUUCGCAUGUUGUUUGUGACUAUGCAAACAUUGUGACCUCUGCAGUUGGAAGAAAUCACAAAGACGUUUUAAAGGUCUACAGCUUUCAGUAAAAGUCCUGCUAUGUCAACUGAGUAUCAUCUCAAUGUUAUGCUUUGCUGCCAAAGCCUUAUAUUCACUCAGUGUGGACUGUUACUUGGGGGACAUUCUGUUUGUUAUGCAUUUAAAUAAUACAUUCAUGAUGCCCUGUGACUCUGCGUGCUUUCAGCAUGUGAACAGUUGUAUCAAGAGUAACUUCAAUUCCUGUUACGCAAAAACAUCAGUCCAGAGGUAAAGCAACUGGCAGACUUCUGGAUGGCUUGCUGAACCCACAGAACUUCAUGCAUUUUCCUGGUGUUUCUUUGAAAAUGGGGAAUCGUCAUCCACUAUGCUGUGAUGUGCUGCAUCUAAACUACAAUAAAUGGCAAGUGUGAACCCCCACACAAGUAACGUAACAACACCACACAUACAUGUUAUGAUAUGUGCACUUUAUUAUAUGUCUUUGCAAACAUGUACAGGGUUUGUUUCAAAUUAUGUAAUUUAUAAGAAUCUGUACAGCUAACAAUGGAAGCUGCAAUACCUUCCACCUCCUGAAGAACAUUUCCCAGCGAUUGACAUCCAUGUAUCUCAACUGGUUCGAAAGGCACAGCUUAACCUUUUAACAGUAGUGCUUUAAUUGUUUUGUUUUUCUUCAUUAAACAUUCAUAUAAACUGUAACAAGCUAGCAUUAAGUCACUUUGUUGGUAAUUAUGAAGCCCUAGGAAAGGCAGCAGGUUGUAUAGUUAUCUCCUUUGGGGCAAAAUCUCUGCCCUAAAACUAAACAACCUGCUACCUCUACCCAGAAAACACUGAAGAGCUGCAACUCCUUCCUGGUAUUUAGUGUUUUUGUUCAACAUAAAUGUGUAACAGCAGAACAAGAGACAGCAGCAAACUAAACACGGACUCAUCUGACUGCUUUUAUCAGAUUCGUUAGAAACACUCCACUGCCAGCCACAAAGUGACACAAACACAAAUGUCCUGAAAGACGGUGUCAUCUUAAGGCUCAUAUGCCCCAGUAAAUACUGUUAAGACAUUUUUAAAACAAAAUGAAUGCACCUUUACUUAAGUCUCAAAAUACACCCCCCCCCCCCCCUUAAAAAAUCUUUUUAGUUACACAUACACUCAAGAACUCAGUAACAUAACAGCAAGCAACUCUUUGUUGUAAUAUACAAUUGCCACUCUAGCUGUCAUGUGUAACACAAGAUGUGCAGUUUCAGGUAACAAUGCUAAAUGCACAUAAAGUAUACAAAUUUCUCAGCAUACACGUCUCACAUUUUAGUUUUAUUAUAAUAGUUCCUUAUGGUAUGGAAUCUGAUUUGGAUACAAUAAGUAGGUAACUUUUUAUAUUAUAUAUAUGCACAGUAUAUGUUCUGCCAUUCAUGAGUUAAACCCAUACAAAAAAAUUAACACAUAAAAUCAAAGUUCCAACACCUAUGUCGAUAUCGUUGGAUUCCACUGGCCAGAUCUACCUGUGGAUGGACUGUUUCGAUUAUUUUUUAUUGUGUUAGUUUUCAGCCUUUUACAUUUAUUGCUUACCUUAUAACACUGCACUUGUUCUAUGGAUGAUGUUUC